AUGGACUUCACCUACUCUUCUGCUAAGGUAAAAAAAUGAACGAAGCACGUCCUUGUGAAAAUCAAAAAGCUUGUUUCAAAAUGGUCAUGGUAGAUGCUUAAGAAGUGAACUGAAAGAAUUGCAUUCAAGGCAAUGAGUUUUAAAUGUGGAUCUCGUACAUUGAGAUCCUCGUUAGUCAGUCAAUAGAUGGAUGAUUUUUGCCGCUGUCCAUUUAACCCUUUAACCCCUAAGACUGACUAACAUCUAAGUUCUCCUUACAACAUCACCACUGAAUCAAACUUUAAGGUCAGGAGAAUAAAGGAGAUGAUCACCAACUAGAGAAGCUCUUGAUUGUUCAACAAAUUCUCCUUGUCAGAACCUUAGGAAAUUUCAAGGGAGUAGUAUGGAGAAUAUUCAUACUGAUGUUAGGGAGUCGAGGGUUAAGCAAUACUGAGACUGUACGUUCUCUCUGUUACCAGCGUCUUAAGCCACGCGGGAUGUUAGGAGAACAAGAGAGAAGUGUGUAAAUCACGAGCGGGAGGCGAGUGAUUUACACUAGUAAACCGAUAGAAAGUGGGGUAUAUUUUAUUUAUAAAAUAAACUUAAAACAAAACGCAGUAUGUUUUGAUUUACUAUGGGUCUAAACGACAGGUUUUUGACCAAUCGGGUCGCUCGUAGCAUCUCAGAUGUUUUAUAUAUAGGGUAAUUUGGUUUUAUCAACUGCGUUGUUAGCGUGAGUCGGAAACUUACCCCCUUUAUUUUAUAAAUAGCCUGAUUUAUUGCAUCUUUAGUUGAGUUGUUGUUCUUUUUUUUUUUUGUCAUCCUGUAUGUGAAUGUGUGUGGGUCCUCAGUUUGUACAUCAAUAUCAAAUGCUCUGAAAUCUCAUCAAAAUUAAACAUCAAGAACUUUUCAGUGUUAAAGCUGCAGUUAAAAGAACUACAUAGUCGUUUUGUUUCCCUUUUUCUUUCGUAACAGGAGCUUCGUGAACUUGUUGGUCUUCAUCAUGACGUUCAGCUUCUCUGUCUUGAGUUACACGUGAAACAGUUUGUUGGUCAAAGGCUGUUGCCUUUACUGGAGAAAAUGGACCCAUUUGACAGGUGAGACAACAAAGCUACAAGUUAAAAUAUCAUUUUUAUUUACAUAAAAUAUCGAUAUAAAUAUUUCGAUAAAGUUUGCUUCACAAGGCAAGAUCAUUCCAUUGAAAGUUAACAAUUAAGAUGAAAUGAGUGUUGAAAGCUCUGAAAAUAUAUAUAAUCGAAGAGAGAGAACGAGGUCAUCGUAAUUGUGCGGUUUGGAUCAUUACCGUAUUCCAACCAACCAGCGUUUUCCAGAACAUUUUGAGAAACCGCAAGAUUUUACAGCAGGCAAAGUUUAAAUCUCGAAACCAGUUAAAAUGCUGUAAAUGUUUGCUUUUUCGUCCUGAUUACUCAAAACAAACUCUGUGAUCAUUAGAUUUUUAUUCUGAGAAAGGAAAACUAGAUAGAUAAAAUAUGAAUGAAUAAAAGAAUUCAUAAAAACGACUUAAAGAAAGAUACCCUUGAGCUGCGUGGCACUAAUUAGCAAAGUGUUCAGUAAACAUGAACAGAAAGGUGCCAUGUUUUGGAAGAUGGUUUCAAAAGUUUUGGGCCCGACCUUUCAUCAGUGAAAAAAAAAAGGCUCGUCGAAUGAUAAUUGUUAACCAAAUGAAAUGAAAUGACAUACAUUGAAAUACGACAUUGAAAUCAUUUUUUUUUUUCAUUACCUAUUUUUCCUCAGUGAAUUCCUGCGUUUGUAUCGCGUGGUUCGUGGUCUUCUUUGUGGAGGAGGCAAAGUUUUUCCAGCCAUGGUCCUCGAUAAUAUCUAA